AGAGUUUCGCGCCUUUUCUAGUGUGAGGCAGCAACAGGCGUAACGCGAAGCAGCUUGUGGAAAAUGGAAGGAUUCGAUGACCCAGGCAUCUUCUUCUCCGACAAUUUCGCCGGAGACGAUCAUGAGGAACAGAACCAGAUAAAUCUGCAAACUGUUAAGAAGAAGUUUCGUGAGUUUAUUAGGGAGUUUCACCAGGGAAACUUCAACUACAAGUACAGAGAUGCACUGAAGCGUCAUUACAACUUGAGGCAGUAUUACCUGGAAGUUAAUAUUGAAGAUGUGGCUGCAUUUGAUGAAACCUUGGCUGAAAAGCUCAAGAAAUCUCCUAUUGAACAUAUUCCUCUUUUUGAAAGUGCUGCUACAGAAGUCGUCGAUGAGAUAACGGCCCCAAGACCCGAGGGUGAGGAAAUUGAACCCAUUCAGAUCAUGCUGAAUGGUGCUGCUCUCCCUACUGACAUCCGCAAACUUCAGUCUCAAGAAGUAAGCCACUUGGUGAAAGUAGCAGGCAUUGUUGUUGCUGCUUCUGGUGUAAAAGCCAAGGCUCAGACCAUCACCAUUCAGUGCCAGACUUGCCGGAACACCAUCACAAAUCUGCCAGUGAAGCCUGGGCUAGAGGGAUAUCAGCUUCCACGAAGAUGUAAUACAGAACAGGUUGGAGCUGAAAAGUGUCCCUUGGAUCCAUUCUUCAUUGUUCCUGACAUGUGUGCUUGUGUUGACUAUCAAGUACUGAAGCUUCAGGAAGUCCCUGAGAAUCUUCCCCAGGGAGAGAUGCCUCGUCACCUUCAGAUCUAUGUUGACAGGUUUUUGUGUGAAAAGGUCGUCCCAGGGAACCGUGUGUCAGUUUUGGGGAUUUACUCCAUCAAAAAAGCAGGCAAAGCAACUAAAGGCUCCCGUGAGAAGGUUGCUGUGGGUAUCCGAGCCCCAUAUUUGAGAGCUAUUGGCAUCCAGGCUGACCAGGAGGGCCGUGGACACUCCACAGGCAUCAACAUCACUGCGGCAGAGGAAAAGGAAUUUAAGCAGCUUUCUCAGUCAGACGAUGUGUAUGAAAGAAUCACUAAGAGUAUUGCCCCAAGUAUAUAUGGUUUUGAAGAUAUUAAGAAGUCUGUUGCUUGCCUUCUCUUUGGUGGGUCUCGCAAACUGCUCCCAGAUGGUCUGUCCCGAAGAGGAGAUGUGAAUCUUUUGCUGUUGGGCGACCCUGGAACAGCCAAAUCUCAGUUGCUGAAGUUUGUUGAAAAAGUGGCUCCAAUUGCUGUGUACACAUCAGGAAAAGGCUCUUCAGCUGCAGGGUUGACAGCAUCAGUCAUUAGGGAUCCUGUGUCUCGCAAUUUCAUCAUGGAAGGAGGAGCCAUGGUUUUGGCUGAUGGAGGCGUGGUGUGCAUUGAUGAGUUUGACAAAAUGCGUGAGGAUGACCGUGUGGCAAUUCACGAAGCAAUGGAACAGCAGACCAUAUCCAUUGCCAAGGCUGGUAUUACCACCACCUUGAAUUCCCGAUGUUCAGUGAUGGCUGCAGCCAACUCAGUAUUUGGCCGUUGGGAUGACACUAAAGGGGAAGAGAAUAUAGACUUCAUGCCCACCAUUCUUUCAAGAUUUGACAUGAUCUACAUUGUCAAAGAUGAACAUGAUGAAGGCAAAGAUACAACUCUAGCAAAGCAUGUGAUGAAUGUCCACCUGAAUGCUUGGCAAACAGUGGAAGAAGCUACAAAAGGUGAACUGUCCCUGAAAUUCUUGAAGAAGUUCAUCAGUUACUGCAGAAGUCACUGUGGACCAAGGCUGACUGAAAGUGCUGCUGAAAAGCUCAUGCAUCGUUAUGUCAUAAUGAGAGGAGGCACUCGUGAAGCAGAGAAUCAAAGUGACAAGAGAUUGGCUAUACCUAUCACUGUCAGACAACUAGAAGCCAUCAUUCGUAUAUCUGAGUCGAUGGCUAAGAUGCGCCUUGAGCCUUUUGCCUCAGAGAGAGACGUUAAUGAGGCUUUAAGGCUCUUUACUGUAUCCACCCUCAGUGCAGCAAUGUCUGGUUCCCUUGCUGGUGCGGAGGGAUUCACAACAGAAGAUGAUAAGGAAAUGCUUUCACGGAUUGAGAAACAACUCAGGAGGAGAUUUGCUGUUGGAUCUCAAGUCCUGGAGCACUCCAUUGUUCAAGAUUUUGUGAAGCAGAAAUAUCCUGAGCGUGCAGUAUACAAGGUGCUGCACUUCAUGAUUCGCAGAGGAGAGCUGCAGCACCGACUCCAGCGCAAGAUGUUGUAUCGAAUUAAGUGAAGUGCUGGUGUGAGGAAUCAGCAAUUGGAGUGCAAAGUCUUAGAAAUUUACUGUAUUUUUAUAAGAAAUGUUUUGUUAGGUUUCACAUAUUAAUUCACUACUGACUAUUAAAUGGUUUAAUAAAAA